ACAACGAUGAUCACUAUGACAGCAAGAUGAUGGAGUGCGCUCGCUGCAAACAGUGGGUUCAUGCAAAGUGUGAGAACCUUACAGAUGAAAUGUUUGAACUGCUGUCAAAGCUGCCAGAGAACAUUGCCUACACCUGUAUGAAAUGUGCUGAACGCCAUCCGGCAGAGUGGAGAUCCGCUCUGGAGAUAGAGCUCCAGGGCUGCAUCCGCAACGUCCUCAAUGCACUGCUGAACUCACGCACAUCCACACACCUGUUACGCUACAGACAGGCGGUGAAGCCUCCAGAGCUGAAUCCAGAGACGGAGGAGAGUCUUCCGUCCCGCCGUUCCCCAGAGGGCCCAGACCCUCCAGUCCUCACUGAAGUUGCCCCCACCACCCCUCCCAGUGACUCCCCUCCAGAUCUGGAGUCUGUUGAGAAGAAGAUGGAUCAAGGUCAUUACAGGUCACUG